CAGACGCUACCAGUUCAACAAGAAUAUUACCAGUCAGCUCUCACUCUAAGAGAGAACCCAAGUCCACCGUAGUGACUCAGCCAUGGCGCUUAGAUUCGCUGCUCAACUCGUCGUCUCUUUCUUUUCUCUCAACCUCGUUCUCUUUUCAUCCCUCUCGAGAUCAGAUUCGAGCCAGUUCUGUGAUGCUGGGAUUGCAUAUGGUUCACCAACCUGUGGAACUUCAUUCUCAUCAACAACGAAGAUAUUAAUAAAGGGAGGAACAGUUGUUAAUGCUCAUCAGCAAGAGUUAGCUGAUGUUUAUAUAGAGAAUGGGAUUAUUGUUGCAGUGCAGCGAAAUCUCAAGGUUGGUGAAGAUGUCACUGUGCUUGAUGCUACAGGAAAAUUUGUCAUGCCAGGAGGAAUUGAUCCUCACACGCACCUAGCCAUGGAAUUUAUGGGAACUGAGACUAUCGAUGACUUCUUCAGUGGUCAGGCGGCAGCAUUAGCUGGUGGAACAACAAUGCACAUAGACUUUGUUAUACCAAUUAAUGGAAAUUUAGUGGCAGGUUUUGAAUCCUAUGAAAAGAAAUCAGAAAAGUCUUGCAUGGAUUAUGGUUUUCAUAUGGCAAUUACAAAAUGGGAUGAAGAUGUAUCCAGGGACAUGGAAAUUAUGGUUAAGGAGAAAGGUAUGAAUUCUUUCAAGUUUUUCAUGGCGUAUAAGGGAUCCCUAAUGAUCAAUGAUGAGCUUCUAUUAGAAGGAUUCAAGAGGUGUAAGUCUCUUGGUGCCUUGGCAAUGGUCCACGCAGAAAAUGGAGAUGCUGUAUUUGAAGGACAAAAAAGAAUGAUCGACCUUGGUAUUACAGGUCCAGAAGGACAUGCUCUUUCAAGGCCCUCAGUGCUAGAAGGGGAGGCAACUGCUCGAGCAAUUCGUUUGGCUGGUUUUGUUAACACUCCUCUUUAUGUUGUCCACGUGAUGAGCAUUGAUGCAAUGGAAGAGAUUGCUAAAGCCCGGAAAUCAGGUUUUAAAUCUGAUGCUUUACAAUUUGUUUGCUUGUGGUGUUUUUAUCUGAUAGCACAUUUUGUGGAUAUUUAAUACUUCAACUCAUAA